GUUUUGGAGAAAAAUGGGAGAAUUUGAGCAUGAUAUAGUUGUCCUUAGUGGUAUAAAUGUAGAAUCUGAGGUUGGAAAUGUGGAAACAGGUGUUGCAAAUGUUCAUUUUGAGGUUGGAAAUGGGGAAAUUGAUGUGGGAGAUAAUGAUAAGGAGGACGAUGUAUAUGGUUUUAGUUUUGAGGAUGAGGAUUGGAGAGGCGAGGGUGAUGAUGUUCCUGAUUCUAGGAAUGAUUGCCAAUAUGUUAGGCCAAUUAGCACAUGUGAAGAGUGGGAUGCAAGUAGUGAUGGUUUCUUAGAUUAUCAAUCUGGGAAUGAAGGUGGUAGGAGUAAUAGUGAUUCUGAUGAUUUAGAGAAUAUGAAUGGUGAUAACAAGCGAAAGAAGAAAUCCAAAGUGUAUGAUACAUCUGAAUAUGGGACUGAGUUUCAUGUUGAGAAUGGUGGAAACUCUGAUUGGGAUUUCUGUGUGGGUAUGUUGUUUGAGAAUCUUGAUCUUUUUAGGGAUGCUUUAAGAGACUACAUUAUUAAAAAAGGGAUCAAAGUGAUUAGGAAGAAAAAUGAGAGGACUACGGUCAUAGUGCAUCGUGCUGCUGAAAGGUGCAAAUAG